AUGCUGUCCGGCAUCCUCAUCUUCAACCAAAAGGGCGAGAACCUCAUAUUCCGCGCCUUCCGCAACGACUGUCGGCCACGCCUCGCAGACGUCUUUCGCAUCCAAGUCAUCUCCAAUGCCCAAGUCCGGUCCCCUAUCCUUACACUAGGAAGUACGACGUUCAGCCAUGUCAAGCACGAAAAUAUUUAUUUGGUCGCGAUCACGAAGAGCAAUGCCAAUGCCGCGCUGGUGUUUGAGUUCCUGUACAGGUUGAUUGCGCUUGGGAAGGGAUAUUUUGGGAAAUUCGAUGAGGAGGCCGUGAAGAACAAUUUUGUGCUUGUUUAUGAGCUUUUAGACGAAAUCCUGGACUUUGGAUACCCCCAGAAUACCGAGACAGACACCCUUAAGAUGUACAUCACGACAGAAGGAGUCAAGUCGGAACGGACAAUGGAAGACUCGGCGAAAAUUACAAUGCAAGCAACAGGCGCACUAUCGUGGCGAAAAGCAGACGUCAAGUACCGUAAGAACGAAGCCUUCGUCGAUGUCAUUGAGGACGUCAACCUCCUAAUGUCCGCUACCGGUACAGUCCUGCGCGCAGAUGUCAAUGGCCAGAUCGUCAUGCGCGCCUAUCUCUCCGGAACUCCAGAAUGCAAAUUUGGGCUCAACGACCGCUUGCUACUCGACGGCGACAGUCUUUCUUCCUUACCGUCUGGGAAUCGAAUGGGCACCAAAGCCACCAAAGCAGCAGCGGGAAGCGUCACCCUAGAGGACUGCCAAUUUCACCAAUGUGUCAAGCUGGGCAAGUUCGAUACGGACCGUAUUAUUUCGUUCAUUCCUCCAGACGGCGAGUUCGAACUCAUGCGUUAUCGUGCCACGGAGAAUGUUAACCUGCCGUUCAAGGUACAUGCUAUUGUCAAGGAAAUGGGCACGACGAAGGUGGAAUACAGCAUCGCCAUCAGAGCGAAUUACGGCAGUAAGCUGUUUGCUACCAACGUUGUUGUGCGGGUACCUACACCACUAAACACGGCUCGAAUUACAGAACGCUGUACGCAAGGAAAGGCUAAAUAUGAGCCCAGUGAGAACAACAUUGUAUGGAAAAUUCCACGGUUUACGGGACAGAACGAAUUCGUGUUGAGUGCCGAGGCGACUUUGACAAGCAUGACGAAUCAGAAGGCAUGGUCAAGGCCACCUUUGAGCUUAAACUUUAGUUUGCUGAUGUUUACGAGUUCUGGGUUGUUGGUCAGAUAUUUGAAGGUUUUUGAGAAGAGUAAUUACUCGAGUGUCAAGUGGGUGAGGUAUAUGACCAGAGCUGGUUCUUAUGAGAUACGAUUUUAA